AAAACAUGGUCAUUUAUUUAUUAGAUAUUUAUCUAGUACUCUGUGAAUGACACUUUGUUUACUGUAAACAGUUCUUUCAGUUUUAGCAUUUUUUCCCAAAAAUCUUUUAAAAUGGAUAAAACCCGUGAUAAAGUGUUUCGCCGUAAAGUUACAUUUUUAGAUAGUAUAACGAGAAUACCUAAAGUGUACGAAAACGGACGCAAGGAUGUACCCCGUCCUAGGAGUAGAAGUGUUUUUACCAGUUCUCAUGCUAGCGAUGACCUUCAAACCAGGGACAUAGUGAGAUACGAGGGUCAAACCCCACGACCCCCGUACGUCCCCAAACCAAUUACAGUCAAAAAUUAUUUUUCGGAAGAUUACAAUGAUAUUUACGCUGAUGACUAUUCAGGAGGCACUACUAUAUCUCCACAUGGUAUCAUAACUAUGCGUUUGCGCGAAUAUAUUCGUGUAGAUUUGUCUUUAGACCGCGCCAUUCGAAUUUCGAAUACGAAAAAUGGAAUCGUGUUAGCCUUGAGCGCAAGUGGUAGCUCCUCGGGCCUCAUUCACCCCAAUGGAAGAGUGUAUCAGUAUGGCUCAAGAGUGGAAAUUAUGGCAAACGAUGGUCAAGGAAAUGAUAAAUUUGCAAAAAUGUGGUAUAAAGGAGUAAGUUUUACCAGUGUUCAAUGCGCUUUAGUUUAUUUGGUGGAUUCUGCUGGUACAAGAACGACCACCGAUACAUUUAAUGAUCUGACCCACGAUUUUACUCUUAACAUUUUCUAUGAAGACUCUCCUUAUUCUUACCUUGAUAAUCCAAGUACAACCCAUACGACUCAUUUAGUGAAUGAAGCAAUGACCAUACUACAAGCUACCAACUGUUGGAUGACUGAAGAUGGAACAACAAACUGGAUCAUAAACAAUGUGAGAAUCUCUCAAACAGCGGACGGACUCGUAAGAGUUGGCAGAAACAACAACAAAUUUUCUCUAAGAACUUCACCGACGAACGGUUCUGCAUCAGUAUCAUCGCCGUAUAUGCACUGCACCGGCUCUAUGGGACAAACGCGCCAUCUUUUUGUGAGACGCGGCGAACGUCGCAUGCACUACGACGGUUCAACGUUCAUUGUCAGAAACGCCGGUCAUUCAGCUGGAUUCGACGAAAAACACCAAUUAAAAGUUUACUAGUGUUUGCAAUUACAUAUAUUUCGUUCGAUAAGGCCGGUUAAGUUUUUUUUCUUAGGAUUUUUAUUUGACGGGCAAAUCCAGUCAUUUGUUCUUAUUGCUUGCAUUUUUUUGUUUUAUAUAUUAAUGCUGGCUAGAAACGAAAUUUGAGUGCGCGUUGCAAAAUAGUGAUAAUUUGGUUUGUAGCGGAUGUCUUGUGUAUUUAGCGGUGGUUGUCGGUAAAAGUAAAAAACAAACACUUCAUCAAUAAUUCAGAAUUAUUAAUUUUAAUAAAAAAUUAAAUAAAAAUAGAUGAAAUAGCAAAAACAAUUUUCCAUUCACAUUUAUAUGCAAUUUUCCUGGACUGAAUUAAAAAUAUUCAAUUUUUUCUUUAGAUGUCACCAGUUUAAUAUAGAUUUAACUACAAAUUAUUAACAUUUCACAUGGUCCUUCGAGCCGGUUUAGUCCAGAACUACUUUAAGUUCAAUCUCAUGUAAGUUUCUUCAUGAUCCAAUUCCUGUAAUAGAAUAAAAGUAAAGAAGCACCAACUCCGUUAUUUUGUUGUACAUACUUAUUUUGGUCUGCAUUUUUCUAAGCGUUUCAAUUUUCUACUUAUUUUCUUGUGACGUUGAGGUUCAUCGCGCAUUUGUCUUCUGGUUCCUCGGAACCAUCUGAUGACGUCGGACAUAUCGCAAUAUAGCUUUCAUCAAAUAAACCUUCACGAUGACAUUUCGUCUAUCAAUCUUAUUUUGCAAAAACUUUUAGGUAGUCCUGAGUGACAUAUUUGGUUAGAGUUGGAUACUAUACAACUGUAGAUCUUCUAAUGCAUAAAACUGUUAUAUCGGAGAUACAUUAGUUUGCAGAGAGAAUUUGUUGAACAGGAGCUUCUAUUAGGCUUUCAAAUGACCUGUCAAACUGCAGACAAGUGGGAACUGACAUUUAGAUAUGGUAACCAGGGAUCUCAGAUGUACUGAGCCUAAAAUCGUGAAUUUGUUCAUGAAAAAAUCGUGAGAUUAUACAACGCAUACGCAGUUUAGUAAAAUAUAUGGAAUUUUCGAUUAAUAUGUACUCUGUUCGAGCGGAGAGCAAGUAAUGGCCAACUUUUGACUCUCAGCACCGUUCUAACAUGUAUAAUAAAGACGAAAAAUAAUUUUCUGUCAUUUUGGCUCACCUUUUGGACAGAUAGAUUUUAAUCAAAAACAUUAACAUAUUUUUUGGGAGUAAGAGAGAGGAAUUUUGUUUUUCCAGUACCAUCUAAAUGUCUCAAAGUACUUAUUUUGAAUUUUUAUAUAAACUUAUCUAAUUAAGCAAAAAUAAUAAAUUUCUUAGGAAUAGGUGGUUAAGGAAUUGACCACU